AUGUCCACUCCCAAUCCCCCAGCAACAAACUCCACCACCUCCGAGGAUCGUCUCCUCUGCCUCACUAUCCUCGGCUACCGCAAACAAGGCAUGAGUGAGGAAGCUUACCGCAAACACAUGAUUGAGCACUCUGCACCGUUGACAAAGGAUCUGAUGAUCAAGUAUGGUAUUUUGAGAUGGACUGUCAAAUGUCCUGACAGAAGCAAGAUCCACAACCCCACCGAAACGCGCGAACUGAUGUACGAGAUCAUGGACCCGCAAAUGGCGAAUAUUGCCGACUACGACUGCUUUAGCCAAGUGGUAUUUCGCAACUUCGAGGACUACAAGAAAAUCAAGGAUGACCCCUGGUAUAAGGAACAUCUUGUAGGGGACCAUGAGAAUUUCGCGGAUACGAAGAGAAGCAAGAUGACGAUCGGCUGGAUCACGCAGUUUAUUGAUCGGGGCGUUGUCACAGAAGGGUUUGAGGGAUUUCCAGGCCCGAAGAACCUAGCAGGGUUCAGUCAAACAAACAGCUUUAUUCUGCAUAUCAGCGCUUCCAGUAAUCUUUCUGCCAACAUUAAGUACAGCCUAAUCAUGGCCUCCCUCACAACCCUCAAGAACACCGCCAUCGUCACGGGCUCUUUUCUCUCUGGAGCAAUGAUAACUCUCAGCACAAUCACGGUCCCUGUUCUCCUCGAGACAUCUACCCAUCCACCCCAACUCCUGCACCAAUGGGUCCGCACCUACCACUACGGGCACAUUUCCUUGCCUACGAUCUCGAUCGCCACGGCUAUUCUAUACUUCUACAUCGCUGCUUAUCAGGGGGCAAGGGAGCAGCCGUGGCGCAAAGCUGCUCUUGUCGGGUUUCUGACGAUCGUCAUGGUUCCAUUCACGUGGAUUGUGAUGAGUUCCACGAACGGGAUGCUCUUUGGGCUGGAGGCUGGGAAUCGGGACCACAGCCAAUUUUUCGAGCAGGGUGCCAACCGAAGUGGCUUGAAAGGUGCGAAUUCAAGUCAGAGUCAUGGCCUUGGUAAUGUUAGUGUCGGAAUUGGUGUUGAGAUGGCUACUUUGGAAGGGGUCAGGGAGCUCCUGGUGCGUUGGAAAUGGAUGCACCUGGUCAGGAGUUUAUUUCCACUGAUGGCGGCAGUGCUGGGGGUGGGAAUCUGUGUUUGACAAUUU